UCCGGGGAUGCGAGAGAUGGACGAAGAUGAACAGAAGAAAGCGCAGCGUAACAAUUUAUGUUCGCAACAAACAGCGAUAUAAUCCCGCUUCGAAGCUAUAUAAUUUUAUCAAUGUCCGUGUCGAAAACUUUGCAGGAACCAAGAUCGGUGAUAUCAAAGAGGAGGCCAGACGACAGUCGGGAAAUAAUGUGAAAAUUGAUGACUUAUACUUGAAUAACGAGAGACUGGCGGAUGAUAGGUCAGUUGCACAUUACAAUUUGGAAGAUGGAACAAUUCUUGAGACUACAUCAAAUCCAUUCUGGGCUGUUUGUCUCUUCAUCAAACACUGUGAGGCAGAGGAGGAAAAGAGGAAAAACCCUGAUAACCCGGAUAUUCAAAACUGGACAAACAAGUCAUUGGCACGGAAAAGGACACUUCUCUCUGUUCUGUUUAACAGCAAAAAUGAAUUCAAGAGCCAGCCACCCCAUUUUCCAACCUUAGAUGAUUUUGUGGCAUAUAUUAACAAUCUAAAAAAGAAAGGAGCUGCAAUGAACCCCUAUUAUACUCAGCGCCAUUUGGGAGAGAUGUUCACAGAUUACCAAGAGCUGGAUGUUGGCCGCAGUAGUGACCCUCUAGGGGCCUUCAUUAACAGAUAUGCAGUGAAACUUGGAUUCAGAAACUUAGAUGAUAAUGAUAAUGAAGAAGACCAGCCAAGAGAGAUGGGGAGAAGACGGAAAGGAAAGAGUGUUGAUAGAGCUGAGGACAGAGCAAAACAAACCAGGAAUACUGGUGUAGCCAACAGGGGAAAAGUUACAUGUGAUGACUGUGAGAGUACACUGGCAGAACUGUAUUGUGGGGAUUGUCAGAAUGCCCAGGGGGGACAAGGACUCAAUCUGUGUAUGCCAUGCUCUCAGCUGAUCCAUGCUGGGGCUGCGAGGAGAAGGCAUAAUGUGCAAGAUGUAACCAGUGCUCCAAAAGUGUCCAAACCUUAUGUUCCUCAUGCAUUCAAAGCUCCAUUCUCAAUUUUGCUUGGGUUAUACAGUGGCCUGACAGAGAGGAGACCAGUCUUAAGUAUGACUGAGGACCAGAUCAAACUCCGUGCCCAGCCUCUGACUGACACAGACCUGCAAGAUAAACAGACAGGCCAGUAUUGUGGUGGCUUUGACUGUAUGGAGAAGAUUCUGAUGGCCAAAGGCCUCGUACAGAGAGAAGAUUCCAGAAACCCUACGUACGCUUUGACAGAGCAGGGGGAGGAGCUGGCCGGCCAGUUGUACGAGUUCCAGCAGAGUGUGCAGAGGUUUCUGAAGCUGAACAAUGUGCCUCACAUUCCACAGUCUAUUAACACUGUUUGUGGGACAAGGAAAGUGUGCCUCAUCAUUGAUGAACAGGAGAGAGACAAGGACAGAUUUCACCAGAUAGCUACAGAGAGAGGGGUCGAUGUUCAGUUUCGUCAGUUGGGGGCUGGGGACUAUCUAUGGAUCCUGACCCCACCAAUGGCUAGCCCCACCCUCAGGUACACCCUGCAACAGCCUACCCAAGAGAAGGUGUUACCCUUUCUUGUUGAGAGAAAGAGUUGGGAAGAUUUUAAGGACAGUGUCAGGACAAAAAGAUUUCAGAAGCAAGUUAACCAUAUGCAGCACAGUGGGAUUGAUCAGUGCUUUUACCUUAUGGAGGGUUCUAUCAACACUGGGAGGUACAAACCAUCAGCUGAACAGCAGAAGAACCUUAAGGAUUUAUUGGAGAAAAUCUUCUUGGACAAUGGAUUCUAUGUUAAUUAUACAGCCUCUUGGUAUAAGUCGGCAAUAUGGCUGUUAUGGGCAACUGCUUUAGCUUCUGAGGCACAAAGGGAAGGUCAGCUGAGUGGACAGGGAAUGACCUAUGCUGAGUUCAUGAAGCGGACCAGUGGACAGAGCAGGUGCCCCACACUGACAAGGACAGACUUCAGACAGACAGACUGGAAGACCUGGGAGGCAGAGCAGUUCAUUGACGGAAUCUUCAGGGACAGUAUCAAUGAAAUUUCACUGAUCGACUCAUUCAAGAAAGAUCUGGGAGCUGCAGAGAGACAUGUUCUCAACAUUCAUGAUCUGGAGGCAUACAAUAAGGGCAGACAAACAAUGCUAAACAGAUGCAUUAAUGAAGCCUGUGGAAAUCCUAACAGAAUAUCUGGUAUUGUAAAUGCAACCCUCAAUGCACAGUUACAUAACAUGCUGCAUUACGAUGUCAUGUCAUGGUGGCAGCUCAAGAUUCAGUUUAUGUUGGGAGUGUACAUUGUAAGAACUGAGAAGGCAGAGGACAGACAAAGAAUCCAGGGUGAGGUAGACUGGAGGUCUGGGGGUCAGGCAGAAAACAGGAGGAGGCAGGGACAGAACCCUCCUAACCCAAGGACCAGGGGAUUGGAAAACAUCGAGAAAACCAAAGGAUAUAUACUAGGGGGUGCUGCAGCUCCUGAACAUACUACAAGGAAUCCCUCUACAUCAGAACGCAGGAGUGAUCCAGUUAAAUCCGACCUUGUGUUCGCUUCAGAUUCCCAGACUGAAAACUUUAUGAUACAGCAGGCUCUUGCUUUGAGUAGUCGAGAGGUGGCUGAACAAGAAAACAGAGCAUUACUUUCCCCAGAGAAAUCACCACCAACUACACCACAGUCAACAAGCAGCAGAUCACCACCCUCAGGUUCUAAACGAGGGGUCAGAGGGAGACACAUGUCAGGAAAAAAGUCCUCAACAGCAACAAAAUCCAAAGAGGAGGAAGAGCUGGAGCUUGCCAUAAAGCUAAGUCUUCAGGAUCCAUCAAAAAGCAAGGAGCCUGAGGAUGUGCCGGUGUUUAAUGGAGAAGCGGAUAAUUCUGUAGAUGUUAGUGCUUCUGAUUCUGUAGGCACAGAGAACACUUUGAUUCCCCUUGAGCCAAACUUAAAUAUGGACAGUCAGGAGGAAUUUCAGUAUGUUUUGGAGUUGAGCAAGAAAACAGCCACAGUAAAAGAAAAUAAUCCUAAUAAAAAUACUGAUUGUGAUCAUUUUAAACAAUUGAAAAUGAAAAAGCCACCUUUAUCAAGUUUGGAUAAAGAGGCAUCUGAAAUUCCCAAGAGCAAAGACAGAGAAACCAAUGUAAAUAUAAGUGAAAGCAAACAGACUCUAGGAAACAGUGAUGAUGAAGAUCUAAAGCGUGCCCUUGAAUUAAGUCUACAAGAAGAUCAGCAUUUGAUAAAGAGAAAGUCAUCUGCUAAACAGUCAAAUGAAAGUGUGAAUAAUCCGUCCAUUAAAAAAUCUCUAGGAAGUCCUGUCUCAAGAGACAUUGAUGAAAGUGACAAAGAACUGGAAUUAGCUUUACAACUAAGCUUACAAUCAUAUGAUAACAGUGCCAUACCGAGUGAGAAAGUUGUAGGUGUACUAACUAGGGCAGAGGAUGUGAUUGAGAUAAAGGACUCGCAAGAUCUUCUUGAUGAUCAUUUGGAAUCAAAAAGAUCUACUAAUGAAAUAAAUCUUCAAAAAGAUGGAAAGAAUUUGGGGAACAAACCAUCAGACUGUAUCGUUUUAAAUGAUUCACAAGAAGAGGAUAUGGGUCAAGCUGUCAUACAAAGUGAUCCUGGUGAAUUGAAGGAAACUGAGUUUGAAACUGCGGAUUGUUUGGUACCAGACUCUCAGAGUGAAGUUAAUGUUGUACAAAAGACUGGUAUAAAGGACGGAGCUUGUAUGGUUGUACCUGAAACUGUUUUGGAGGCAGAUAUCAUUUCCACUUCUUUACAGUCCUAUGACUCAACACUUGAACCUGAACCUUUCCAGAUCAGUCCUGCAAAUAGGAAUGAUAAAGUCAGUGUUGCAAAUACAGGCAUAAAUACAGAGGCUGUUGAAUCUGUGAAUGUUGGAAAUGAAGAUUCCGAUAUUAUCCCACCCUCUCCAACCAGCAGUCAGAAGUCUGCAUCAAAAACUCCCAAACUUACACAGUCAUUUCUCAAGAAGAAAAGUUUAAAGGAUGACAUCAAAGAUCAGUUAGACAAAGAGAAUACCAAUCUCGGCCCAUACAGCAAUGCUUGCUCUGAUGACUAUGAAGAUGAGUACUGUGACAAUCUAGUUCUUCCACCUUUGUCUCCCAGUAGUCCAGAUACUGUUUUAUCAGAUAAAACCCCGUCAGUAAGUACAAAAUCUACCACUUUGUGUUCAUCACAACCUAGAGAGGAUCUGGUAUAUAAGCCUGUUAAAAUUAAACAAGAAAAAAUAGCUAGUUCCAUAACAAAUGAAAUUGUCAUGGACAGCCAAACGUUAGAAGAUAGCCAGGAAGAAUUGCCUCAGUACAGCUGGAUGCAAAAUUCUCCCAGGAAAACUGAUCAAAUAACAGUGAAGGUGGUAACACCUAGCAAAAUGGGGGAUAACUCUACAUCAAAUAUUGUUAAAGGAAUAAGUUUAAGUCAGGGAUCCACAUCAAGCAUAAACAUUAAUAUAAAAAUUGAACACAUUGAUAAAACAAGUGAGUCAAGUGAAGGUAUCCACAAAAAGAAAUUGAUUGAUGAUGAAGAAUAUGCAAGACGUUUACAGAGAAAACUUGAUGAAGAAUAUGAACUUUCUAAAAAUAGUGCUCUUUCCAAAAUUGAGACAAGAUCUAUCAAACAAGAAGUUGUCAGCCCUAAAAAACCAUUAGAGACUACAUGUGAAUACACAGAGAAAUUUGAUGACUUAGACGCUGUAAUUGCUCAAAGUUUGCAUGAAGAAAUAAACAGUCCUGGACCGAAAGGAAAUAAACACCUGUUAUUGCAAGAUGAAGAAAUUGCUAAACAACUGAACAAGGAGUUGAAUAAUCCAAGCAGCAGUGGCAAACUGACAGCAAUCCAGAAUCAGAAAGGACUUGGAGAUGAGUUUUGUGUAGAGGAUUUUGUGGAGGAGAAUAGGGAAGAGAGGAGUCGACAGAUUCAGAUGGAUGAAGACCUAGCGCGCCAACUUCUGGAAUCCGAGGACAACUACACAUCAAAAGGAAUAAAAGUUUCAUCUGCAACAAAAAGGAAAGGUCUUCUCAUAAAUGAUAGCCCUCCAAGUGCAAAAAAUCCAAGGCAUGAGUCAUGGCGGAAAGAUUUAUUCAAAGAAGAUAAGCUUUCCAGGGAAAAAUCCUCAUCACAGCUUCAACAAAUAAGGAGAGAACAGAGUGAAAAAUUCUUGAGAGACAAAUGUGGAGCCAGUUUAAAAAGCAACACUUCUGCGUUUGGCAGAUCACCCCAGAUGUCUGAAGUAAAGACUGAAAGUAAUGAAGAUGGAAAUAAAAAGUUUUGGGCUCCAUCGUCUUCGAACUCAUCUCCUUGGCCCAGCAAAUCGUCCACCGCUGGCUCUUCCUCUAGCCAGUAUCCAUCAUCAAGCCAUUACCCAUCAACCAGCCAGUAUCCAUCAUCCAGUUCAGUGGACCAGGUGGAAGACGAGAAGCCUGUUAUGGGGACUCAGUCAGAGGCUCUGUCCAAGUCCAAGUGUGGAAACUGCGGAGAGAUUGGUCAUACCAGGAAGUGGGUCAAAUGUCCACGCUAUUAUUCACAUGAAGAAUGUCUUCGAAGACAGGAGCAGCAGACUAAAGCUAGAGAGAGAGUGGAGGCCCGAGAACGAGAACAAACACAGGCCAGGGAGGACUUGGAACAGCACCAUAGAGCUCUAAAAGACAUUGCAACCCAGAUAGAACAGGAACAGAAGGGGCUAGAGCGAACAAUAAAAAAACUGGACAAGAAGAAAAAGCAGCGCGAAAAUAAGCGGCAGUGAGCCACAGAGAGAAAAACAGACUUAGCGAGUUUACCAAUAUUAGAUCAUAUUAUUAGAUCAUUAUUAUUAGAUAAGUGUAAAAAAGAUGGAAAAAUUGUAAAUUAUGGACAAUAAGGAUAUAGAAAAAGUGAAAAUAAGAAAGAAAGAAGUGAAAUUGAAUCCACUAGAAAAUGGUUUGAAAGGAAAUACUAGAGAAAGAAACUGGACACAUUUGAUUAGAUACAGAUUUGUAAAUAAUUUGCAGUAUUUGGAAGUAUGAAUUAAGAAGAACAUAUAAAACCAGACAAUAAAAUAGACAAAAAUUAUUGACAAUUAUCCAAUAUAAGGAGAUAUAAUAUUCAAAUGAAUACCUUUUUGUUAAAGAAGCAGCAAUUGAAUGCAUAAUUAUUUUGUUAAGCAAUCUAAAGAGACACACUUAGAUGUUCUCUAACUCCACAAUCUGGUUGAUAUUUGGUUGAAUUCUAUAAGUGAUAAUGAAGUGAAUAUUAAUAAUCGUGGCAUGCAUAUUUUAAUGGUUGUUAAUUUUUUUAUGCUUCUAUCAUUAUAAAUGAUUUUAUGAUUUUGUUUUGUUUUGUAACAGAAGUUUACAUCCAGCAUCAGUAUUAAAUGUUCUCUGGCAAUUCA